UUCCACAAUGCCUCUUUGUUAGUGGAAAACAGAUUAGCAGGUCAAGUGACCGGAGGUGUGGGCGUCCCUGUACUCCUCUGCUCCAUCCUUUCUUCCUAACGGUUCCGGUGAAGACCGUCAACUCUCAAAACAUCACACGCUUGAAAGGUCAAUCAGAAAGGCUGUGAGUGUCUUCCUGUCCAGAGGGGGCAGCGAUGACGGUGACGUACUCACGGCGGGUGGCAGACGCGCGCCUGGGCACCUUUUAUCGCCUGCUUCUGCGAUGGAAAGGAAGCAUCUAUAAGCUGUUAUAUCGAGAGCUGCUGAUCUUCACUGUGAUGUACUGCACCAUUAGCAUCACGUACAGGUGUAUUCUGACUGAAGAGCAGCGCAGGAUGUUUGAGAAGCUCUCCAUGUACUGUGAUCAGUACGCUCAGCUCAUCCCUGUGUCGUUUGUACUGGGUUUCUACGUGACUCUCGUGGUGUCUCGUUGGUGGGGUCAGUUCGAGAGCGUCCCGUGGCCGGACCGCCUGUCAGCACUGGUUAGCGGACACGUCCAGGGCACAGAUGAAGGUGCCAGACUCAUCCGCAGGAGUCUCAUGCGUUACGCCAACCUGUCAGGCAUCCUGAUCUACCGCUCCAUCAGCACCGCUGUCUACAAGAGGUUCCCGACCAUGAGUCACCUGGUUCAAGCAGGUCUGAUGACGGCUGAGGAACUGAGGCAGUUAGAGGAACUGCCUUCCCCUCAUAAUAAGUUCUGGGUUCCCUGCAUGUGGUUUGUCAGUCUGGCCAUGAGAGCUCGAUCUGAAGGACGCAUCAAUAACGACGUCGCAAUGACCGCCAUCCUCAACGAGUUGAACACACUGCGUUCUCAGUGUAUGAGGCUGUACGGCUAUGACUGGAUCAGCCUGCCUCUCGUGUACACACAGGUGGUAACCGUGGCUGUGUACAGUUUCUUUUUGGCUUGUCUGAUUGGUCGACAGUUCCUCGACCCCGCCCAGGGUUACCCGGGUCACAACCUCGACUUCUACCUGCCCGUCUUCACCUUACUGCAGUUCUUCUUCUAUGUGGGCUGGCUCAAGGUGGCAGAGCAACUUAUUAAUCCUUUUGGGGAGGAUGAUGAUGACUUUGAGACGAACUGGCUGGUGGACCGUAAUUUACAGGUGUCUCUGCUGUCAGUGGAUGAGAUGUAUGAUCUGGUUCCUCUGAUUGAGAGAGAUAAAUACUGGGAUGAAUCUGAACCUCAGCCGCCGUACACAGCUGCCAGCGCAGAACACCGCAAACCCUCAUUUAUGGGAUCUGCUUUGGACAUCAGCGUUCCCAAAGAGGAAAUGGAAUUCCAGCACAAUCUGGAGCAGAUUAAGGAACACGAGGAGGCCAAUCACUCCAGUCCAUUCCUGGGCAGCUUGAGUCGUCUUCUGGGCGUCCAAUCGACAAAUUUCCCUCGCUCGACUCCCACAUCCCGAGUCUCCCUCCUGCGGCGGCGUCCCCGCGCCCCCUUCUCUCGCUUCCCCCUUUAUCUCCACCCCGAGAAUGUUCCGAUGCCCAGCCAGGCCCGGAACGCCGACAUGGCCGAGGAUGCCUUCUCAUCCAUGCCUUUAUACGAAAGACCUGGAUUCUACAGUUGCCCUCAGACACCCAUCCACUGCAUCCCUCCACUCGUUCCCCGCUCAAGACCGCGACGAGCGCACGGUGACAGCACCAGCUCCCUAGCGCAACCAAUGAUGGGCUCGCAAGUCCUGGCUCCACCUGAAACGCCCGCUCCUCCUUCCUCCGCCUUUCCUUGGGUGGGAGAAGACAGCGAACAUUCGGGACCAGCAUUUUCCUUUCCGGACCCUCUGCCUGAGCUGUGCCCGUUAACCAAAGCACGCCUGAUUCAAGGGUUGCCAUCGCGCCGUCCCCUGCCUUUGCGACUCUCUUUAGACCCGUCUCCAUCUCCAUCUACGCCAGAGAGGGUGUUCUCUUUCACCCCUCAAUCUUGGCCGCAAGCUCCGAUCAACUCCACCAGCUCAGGGAGCGUGAAUGCGGCCAUGACAACAAACAGCAACGGUGCGGUAAACAACCCCUGGCCAAUCAACAGAAGCACCACCGCAAGCACAGCCAAUCCCGUCAACCCAAGCCCCACGGUGACUCAGCAGACAGCCAAUCAGCACAACUCUCCCAACGACUCUGGAAUCUCAUUAGCUGAGGGGGAUCUGUUGGGUGCUGCGGUGAGAACGAGGGAACAGCUUUGAGUGGAAAAUACCAGCUUAGACCAGGAUGAAUUUGCUCUUUCAGGCUGGUUUAGAGUUGGUCUUAAAGACUCGUUUUUGGCUACAUUUAAGACAUUUAAAAAAAACCCACUCAUAAACACUAUCAAAAACACAACAUAUAUUGCCGCUAAAUUCACAUUCUGGAGGAGAAAGUGCAUGAUGAAUCAUAACAUGCAUGAUUGAUUCAAUUUCUGACAUAAUUUUUUAUUAUACUGUUGUAUAUGGGCAAAGACAAAUCAUAUAGAUCAGUAAAACCACUUGAUCUUC